CAAUCUCCCAGCAUGAGGUUCCUUAUUUUGGCUUGCGCACUCGUUGCUUCUGCGACUGCAGCUCCCCAGGGUUACAGUCUGCAGAGACCCACUGGAUCAACUCUGCCCACUGGUCCUGGUCAGACAGCAGGAAGUGGACUUUCAGUCGGAUCCGGUGCUGGGCAUGGUGUAGCAGGUGGCAUUAUCAUAGGAUCUGGGCAUGGAGUUGGAAGUGGAGUUUCAACUGGUGCAGGUCUAGGAGGUCUUUCUGUAGGAUCUGGCCAAGGAGUAGGAACUGGCAUCUCCGGCGGUGCUGGAAUUUUGGAACCAUGUGGAGAAGGACAAAUUCGUCAUGUGGAUGGGUCCUGUGUUACACCAGUCGUGAACAGGAAGGUAUUCGUCUUCGAUGUUCCCGAACAAAAAGGACCCAUUGGUCCUCCACCAAGUGUUCCUCCUCCAAGAGUUGAUCAUAACAUUCUCUUCGUGCGACUUCCCGAAGAAGGAGAAGGACCUGAACCCAUCGUUAUUCCCCCACCAAGACAGGAGAACAUCGUCUAUGUACUCAACAAGAAGGACGAACAGGCUCAGCGUGUCAUCGAAGUACCAGCCCAUCCUCCAUCUGAUCCUGAAAUUUACUUCGUCAAUUAUGAAGAGGGUGAGAACCCAACUCUACCCAUUGGUGUGGAUCUCAACACUGCUCUUGGUUCCGCUGCUGAAGCCGGUGGACAAGUAAUUGGUGUCGCUGGAGGUGAUAGCAGUGAAGGCAGUGGAUUUGGAGGAGUUGGUGGAGUAGUAGGAGGCAGUGGAUUUGGAACAGUUAGCGGAGGAUUGGGUGGAGCUGGUGCAGGCAGUGGCUUUGGAACUGUUAGCGGAGGAUUAGGUGGAGCUGGUGCAGGCAGUGGAUUUGGUGCGGUAAGCGGAGGAUUGGGUGGAACUGGUGCAGGCAGUGGCUUUGGAACUGUUAGCGGAGGAUUCGGUGGAGCUGGUGCAGGCAGUGGAUUUGGAACUGUUAGCGGAGGAUUCGGUGGAGCUGGUGCAGGCAGUGGAUUUGGAGCAGUAAGCGGAGGUGUAGGAAGCUCUCCUUCUGGAUUAUAUACCACUCCCUAAAUGAACUGCAUCGCCGAUUGUAUUUAAAUUAUGAACAAAGAAGACAAAAUAAAAGUAUACUCUAUUUCUUAAUAUAUGAUAAAUUUCGA